CCUGGGAGGAGAAGCGCGGGUUCCUGGCUCUCCGCGCGCUCUGCUUUAAUCAGACCGGUGCAGCCUGGAGCUGGAGUGGCCAGCUGGGCCUGGAGCAAUGCGAGCGGGCCCCAGGGAGCGGCGGCGGCGGCGCGGCGGCCGAGUGACCCAUUGUGCGCUCCGCACGGCGCGCUCUGUUGCAGAGGAGCCCCGGCCGGGAAGUGUGGACGCGUUUCUCCCGAGGCCGGGCCGCCUCGCCCGCUCUAGUCCAGCGGAGCCGGAGCGCCUCGGACCAAUCCCCGGUGAUUAUGCAAGACAGCGGACCAAUCAGCUCCGCCAGCUCAUGAAUAUUUAUGACCUUGGCUGAGUCAAAGCUUUGAAGCGAGUUUGGGGAGCUCGGCAGCAUCAUGCUUAGACUUUUCAAAGAGACAAACUCCAUUUUCUUAUGAAUGGAAAGUGAAAACCCCUGUUCCGCUUAAAUUGGGUUCCUUCCUGUCCUGAGAAACACAGAGACCCCCAAAAGGGAAGCAGAGGAGAGAGAGAGACCCACACCCAGACCCCGCGAGAAGAGAUGACCAUGACCACCAUGCCAGAAAGUCUCAACAGCCCCGUGUCGGGCAAGGCGGUGUUUAUGGAGUUUGGGCCACCCAACCAGCAAAUGUCUCCUUCUCCCAUGUCCCACGGGCACUACUCCAUGCACUGUUUACACUCGGCGGGCCAUUCGCAGCCCGACGGCGCCUACAGCUCGGCCUCGUCUUUCUCCCGACCGCUGGGCUACCCCUACGUCAACUCGGUCAGCAGCCACGCGUCCAGCCCCUACAUCAGUUCGGUGCAGUCCUACCCGGGCAGCGCCAGCCUCGCCCAGAGCCGCCUGGAGGACCCAGGGGCUGACUCGGAGAAGAGCACGGUGGUGGAAGGCGGUGAAGUGCGCUUCAAUGGCAAGGGGAAAAAGAUCCGCAAACCCAGGACGAUUUAUUCCAGUUUGCAGUUGCAGGCUUUGAACCGGAGGUUCCAGCAAACUCAGUACCUAGCUCUGCCCGAGAGGGCGGAGCUCGCGGCCUCCUUGGGACUCACGCAGACGCAGGUCAAGAUCUGGUUCCAGAACAAGCGUUCCAAGUUCAAGAAACUGAUGAAGCAGGGCGGGGCGGCUCUGGAGGGUAGCGCGCUGGCCAACGGCCGGGCACUGUCUGCCGGCUCCCCGCCAGUGCCGCCCGGCUGGAACCCCAACUCGUCAUCUGGGAAGGGCUCGGGCGGCAGCGCGGGUUCCUACAUACCCAGCUACACGUCAUGGUACCCCUCGGCGCACCAAGAAGCUAUGCAGCAACCCCAACUCAUGUGAGGUUGCCCGCCCGCACCCUCCCGCCUCCUUCCCGUCUCCCCCCGGCCCGGGCCCCUCCCGCCUCCCGGUCCAUCCACCCUGUCCGCAAGCCCUGGGCCUGCAGAAAGGCCCAGGGGCAAAGAAGAAGGAACAGCGAAGGCAGGACGCCCGCCACCUCCUUGGAGCCCCGCGCGGUCUGGACCGGCGACUUCCUGGCGCCCACGCCCUCGCCCCCGCCCCGGCCUACGCCGCGCAGUGACAGCAGACAGCGGCCUCCGAGCGCAGGCACAAGCUCCCGAGACAGCCAGAGCAGCAAGAUGAACCAGCUGGACCCGAUUCGUCGACCUUCAGCUGUGUGGGACUAUCAGGAAAAAAAAAAAA